AUCACUAGGGGUAGGAUGCCCAUAUCUUCCUCCCAGGCACCUACUAGAUCCUGCAGAGGGGCCAAGCAGUGCACCUUCGGGUUGGAGCAAACCUAUGAUGACACCCAGCAGGCAGCCUGAUGAUCAACCACCAUUACCUACUGGGAAGCCACUGUCCAUCUCGUCAUCACUGGGGAACCUCAGUAUCGAUUUCGGCCCAACCAGCACCCCUGCUAGUCCUGAGAAUCCCGAGGAUCGACGACCACCGUCACCCCACCAAUAUAAUUAUCCACCACCACCCAUUCCAGGCGUACUGGCUAUGUUCGUGGUCAUAGCAGAUGACAUAAAGCUUGAUCUUGCCGAAGCUCAUCAUGUUGCAAAGUUCUUGGCUCAUCCGCUGGAGUCCUAUGAUACCAACGCUGACCUUAAGCCUGAAAUCACCUCUAUGACCACAUCAGUUUAUGCCCAAUUCAUGAAGGGUCUGGCGCACCCCGAGCCACGUCGGUCCUUUGAACGGAUGCGCCGCACCAUGUACAAACGCAAAGUAAAGGCUGGGAAUCGGCAGCUGACCCGAGACAAUCUGGAACUGAGGCAGCAACUUCGGGAUGCACAGCAGACCAUUAUCAACUUACAAGAGCAGGUGGUGCAACUUCGAGAUGCACAGCAGACCAUUAUCGACCUACAAGAGCAAGUGAUGCAGCUGACCGCUGAUCUGCAGCAUAUGGCUCCCUACACCCAGGGGGGCCUGAACGGAGGGCAGAAUUAUGGACAGAAUUAUGGAGGCUAUUAUUAUUAUUAAUAUAUCAACUUCAACGCCAUAACUGGAUAUAAGGACAAUGCUGAUUAUUGAUGAUUAUGCAUACCUUUGUUAAACAUAUUGUAUACUUUAUGUGACAGUAC